AUGGAUGUCAGACCACACUUCUCAGAGUCAUAUAAUAAUAAAACCACAGCAUAUAACAUUGGAACCACAGCAUAUAACAACAGAACCACAGCAUAUAACAAUAGAACCACGGCAUAUAACAUUAGAACCACAGCAUAUAACAUAAGAACCACAGCAUAUAACAAUAGAACCACAGCAUAUAACAAUAGAACCACAGCAUAUAACAAUAGAAACACAGCAUAUAACAAUAAAACCACAGCAUAUAACAAUAUAAACACAGCAUAUAAUAAUAGAACCACAGCAUAUAACAUUAGAACGUCAGCAUAUAACAAUAGAACCACAGCAUAUAACAAUAAAACCACAGCAUAUAACAAUAGAACCACAGCAUAUAACAAUAAAACCACAGCAUAUAACAAUAUAAACACAGCAUAUAAUAAUAGAACCACAGUAUAUAACAUUAGAACCACAGCAUAUAACAUUAGAACCACAGCAUAUAACAAUAGAAUCACAGCAUAUAACAAAAGAACCACAGCAUAUAACAUUAGAACCACAGCAUAUAACAAUAGAACCACAGCAUAUAACAAUAGAACCACAGCAUAUAACAAUAUUAUUAAGCAACGAUUUGUUGUAUUGAAAUAUAUUUAA